CAUGAUCCAGUGCCCAGGCCAGACUCGCGCGUAGAUCUACGCGCGCGCGUAGACUCAGCGAUUUGCUUGAGACGAAACUACAAAAACUCGACUGAGCUGAGCAUGAGACUGAGAGAAAAGACUGUUUCGAACUAAAUACUUGUGUCUGUUGUGAUUUGAAAAUAUUGAAGUGAAGCCAAAAUGCCUUUGGCACCAAGCCCAGAUUAUGUUACGUACACCAUCGGCACACUCGUAGCUGCUGGUGGCAUCUUCGGCUAUGUGAAAGCUGCUAGCUUGAUGUCUCUGGGAUCAGGCCUGGUGUUUGGUUCUCUGAUUAUCUAUGGAGGUGUGCUGCACAGCACCAACCGCAGGGACUUCCUUCUCGCAUUCCUUGCUUCACUGACCUUGUCUGGAAUCAUGGUGUUUCGCUUGGUCAAAACCGGCAAAAUCAUGCCAGCUGCUCCGAUCCUGGCACUCAACUUGUUUCAAGUUGUGCGCUUCACCUACCGGUUCUUAACCGAUUAACAUUUCUGCUGAGGCUGCCCCUGAAGGGCCUGUUUUCAUAUCAGCUACAUUUUCUCUGCUAUGUUCGCCAGCCUGUGUUCAGCAAUUCAUUUCAGUGGUACAUGCUCUGCCAAGAGUCUACUCUUGGGGUACACCAUUCUCAGUGCACCUGUGUUAUUCCAGUUUUGUACUUAUCCAUCGCCAUGCAUACGCCAUAACCUUUAGGCCUUUUCUGUCUUUCUUUUUUUUGACACCAUUUGACACAAACCAUGUGUUAUGCGAACCUUGCUUCUUUUAGUUUUAGUCUGCUCACUCACUGUGUUGUGAACAUUUUUUUAAAUCAUUUUUAGCCUUCCAUAUAUCUGUUGUUAUCGUUUUUGUUUAUUGCUCGGCCUCAGCUUCCACACUGUACGAGCCAUAGGUUGCUGUCAACUUAUCACUGUCCUACUUGCCUACAACUAGCUUAGGCUAGUGACAUUAUCUAGCGUUUUACGUAUUUGUGUGCAUCCAUCGAUGAUAUCCUCUUUGCAUACCUGCUGUAUUCGUUUUCCCACAUAUCAACACAGGUGAAUACGAUAUUCCCAAUCUCUACAGUAAUCCUACAGUAUCCUUUCACUACA